GAAAAAACUAUUUUAUAAAAUGAACGGUGACAGUGAAGUAAAAUCAAAUGAUCUUAAUUUUUUCGGAAGCGACCCGGGAGCUGUGAAAUUUGGAAACUUUAUAAACUAUUAUUCAUUUCAUGAUGUGAGUGAAAGGGUUCAAAAUCUACAUCCCCAAAUGUUUCCAGAACCUGUGGACAACAGGAUCGUGUGUCUAGAUGUUGGUUGCAACACAGGAGACUUAUCAAAGGCUUUAUACACGUAUUUAAAAACUGUUUACCCUAACUGUGAUAUCCAUAUGUUAGCAGUGGACAUUGAUUCUACGUUGAUAGAAAGAGCUAAAGAAGCCAAUGAAAAUCCUUAUAUUAAAUUUAUGACUUGUAAUGUUAUGGAACAAAAUGAUCAACUACUUAUCCAAAGUUAUUUGGACUCUUACAAUCAAAGAACUUUUGACUUAUCAUUUUGUUUUUCAGUAACAAUGUGGAUUCACCUUAACAAUGGCGAUGCUGGAUUACUAGCCUUUUUAAAAUAUUUAAAGUUAAUUUCUAGAGCCAUUGUUAUUGAGCCACAACCAUGGAAGUGCUAUAGAAAUGCUCAAAGAAGAGUUAAAAAGUCUGGAAACUCUUUUGAAUUGUAUGAAUGUUUAAAAAUUAAAAGUGAUGUGGAUUUGGUUAUUGAAAAGACUUUAUGUGAAGGCACUCACUUUAAAACAUAUGAAUCUCAAUUUUCGUCUUGGAAUAGAAGAGUUCAAAGCUUCCAUACUCUAAGUUCUCCAUGACUGAACUAAUUCUUUAAUAGGUUUUACUGUAAUUUUUAAGGUAAAAAUAAAAUAGUUAAUAUUUUAUUAUUAAAAUAUUUUAUUUAUGUAUCUUCGAGAAAAAGUAUUUACAAUUUCAUGUCAUGUCAAAUCACAAUUAAAUUUAUAUUUACUUAAGUCUUUUUUUACAUUUUUGUUA